AGCCACCUAUCAAAUUCCAAAAUGGCUGACGGAGAAGAAUGCAAAUGUCCACAAUCAAUCAAUUACGAGGAGAGUACAGACAUGACGAAGGUCAUUGUAAAGCUUGUGAUACCAGGUCUUACUGUAGAAAAGAAACUGUUCAGUAGUGUUGGUAAACCAAAACCUGGGGAAGCUGAGGUUGAUGUAAAAUUUGAUACCAUGGGCCUUGAGAUGAGUGCUAGCAUUAUUAAGAAAGGAAAGACAACAAAAUAUGCAUACAAAGUAAACAAAUUACCAGGGGAAAUAGAUACAGAAAAAAGCAAAGUUGAGUACAAAAAAGACCUUGUUAUUCUAACCCUUGUGAAAACAGAAGAGUCAACAUGGGCUGUUAUGAUGUCAAAAAAUGGAUUAGACCAAGCACCCUCAGAAUAGUCAUGGAGAUCAAAACAAAAAUAACUUAUAUCUAGUCUCCAACUCCAAACAGUAAAUGGUCCAGUUCUUGUUAUCCCUCAAAUGUAAGAAAAAUGUGAUAAUUUUGAAUACUAGUUACAUAAUUAUGUAUAUCAAAAUUGUUAAGGCCUUUAUUUGUUACUGAACUUUUUUGUAUUGUUUUUAUAGAGGAAUAUUCUUAAACUUUCAAUGAUUAUAAAGUUUCAAAAUGUUUACAAAUCACAUUUUUUGAUAAAGUAGGUACAUAAAUAAAAAUCUCUAUACAUGCAUUUAUAUAUGUAUAUAUUGUACCAAUCUAUUAUAAAUGUACAUGCAAUUUUAUUAGUUAUUUCUUCAGUAUUCUAUGCUAAGUUAUCACACUUCAUUACAAUAGUUCAGAGGUCAUUCAGAUUGGCUGUUUCUGAAAUGCUGCAUAAAAAUAUAUCCCUGGCUACCCCUCCAUCAGUUAAGUAAGACAGUUGUUACAUCACAUGAGUCAGAAUAUGUGUUUCAAAACAACAACAACUUUGAAAAAACAACAACAACAGCUUUUAGAACAACAAUAACAACAGUAUAUUGUUAUCAAUUGACUUGAGCUUGUGUGAAUACAAGGGAGAAGAGUUUGUUAGAACUACAAUCAAAAUUAUAUCUGUUUGUUCAGAUAUCAAGUUCCUAUUCUUAUUUUUUUGAAAGAUCUGUGAUAAAAACAACACAUUUUGGUAUCAGCAUUGUAUAUUUCUACAUUUUUUUAUAUUUUUUUAAUGUUAAUCCAUAAACAUUAUUGUGAUUUGAAUAUAUGAUUUACAUAAGUAAAGGCCAAAAUUGAAAAUAACUUUGCUGUUUUUCUUUUGUGAAAAGCUGUACAAUUUGAAGUUCAAAUUUUUUUUUUAUUUUACUUUUUGUUUUUUGUAUUCAAUUUUUCUGAUAAAAUCACCAUUCUUUUCUUAGAAUAAACAGGUGAUUCCACAUAUAUUUUAUUGUGGUAAUUGAAAUAGCUAAAUGUACAAAACAAUGUUUUUGAUUGGUUGUAUCAAUGAGAAGUUUGUUAUGUAAUCAGUGGUAGUGAUUAUUCUUUUUGUUUAUUAUAUUAUAUAUUUAUUUUUUAUCAAGAGUUUGGCCAAUAAGUAAGAUUUUUUUGAUAAAACCUUUAAUGAUCAAACUAUAUCAUUCAUUUUUAGCUCGACUUUUCUAUGAAAAGGGGAGCUAUCCUACUCGCCCCAGCGUCGGCGUCGGCGUUGGCGUCACACCUUGGUUAAGUUUUUCGUACCACCCCACUUUAUUUCAGAAGUAUUACAAGUAUGGCUUUGAAACUUACCAUACUUGUUCACCAUCAUAACCUCCAUCUACAGACAAGAGUACAUAACUCUGUCAAGGUUUUUGACAGAAUUAUGGCCCUUUUUUGACUUAGAAAGUGUAUUGAGCUUGGUUAAGUUUUUUGGACCACCUCACUUUAUUUCAAAACCAUUGGAGGUAUUGCUUUGAAACUGACCAUACUUGUUUACCAUCACGACCUUCAUCAACAGACAAGAGGACAUAACUCUGUCAAGGUUUUUGACAGAAUUAUGCCCCUUUUUGACUUAGAAAAUACAUUGAAUAUGGGUAAAAUCCACUUAUUGCCUUAACCCUUUGAGAUAUUGCUUUGAAACUUUUAAUGCUAUUUCACAUCAUUACCCCCAUCUGUACGCAAGAGAAGGUAACUCUGUCAAGGAUUUGUUUUAAAAAUUAAGGCCUUUUAUCGACUUAGAAUCUUGGUUAAGUUUUUAGUACCAGUCCACUUUUUGACUGAACUGUUUGAGAUAUUAAUUUGAAAGUUGGAAUACUUGUUUACAAUCAUGAUUCCCAAACAUGUCCAGGAGAAGGUAAUUCUGUCAAAGAUUUUAUUUGAAUUAUGGCCCUUAACUGUCAAUGUUUUGUAUUAUAGGCAAGCACUAAAAAAGUCGAGCGCGCUGUCUUACGGACAGCUCUUGUUGAUUUAGCCUGUGUUUAGUAACUGUUACACUGUCCAUUUCAUAUGACUUGUAACUGAAACUUUGUUGAAUUAUUUAGGAAAGUGAAGUAAAUUUUGUUAUGUUUACUUAAAGGCCUAUGUUAUGCCUAAGAAAUGAUUUAUAUUUUCAUUCUCUUUAAAGGCCCAUUAUGCCAAAGAAAUGAAUAAAUUCAUUUAAAAUGGGAAAAUAUUGGUUUUAUAAAGUUUAAAUAAUAGUUUUACAGCAUGUUAGAAGAUUAUAACCUUUAGGAAAUAAAUGAAAUGUGAAAUGAUUUGUCAUAAAAGAAGCAAAAUGUAAACAAAGUAGUAUUUUGAUUUCCAUACAAAAUAAUAAAUCUCUAUAAAUGUACUAAAUUCCAAAAAGCAACAGAAACAAAAAUGGUUCAUAAUAAUUCAUUUAAUUGGCCAAUGAGUAACAUUUUGGAAACUGUAACAGGACACAAGAAAUAAAAAUAACCUUUAGAGAAAUAAAAAUAAAAUUGUUCCUGGGACAUAAUGGGUCUUUAAACAAAACCAGAUAAUCAAAUUUUUAGAGUAAUGAGGUGUAGGUAAUUCAUAAGAUAUUUUACACGUAUUACUGUGUGCCUGUGUGGACAUUAAAUUUGAAAGCUGAUAACUUUCGUAAAAACCACAGCUGUUCAAUUAUUUGUUAUUCAGUUUGUAAUUGUAUUAGUGACUUAUUUGUUGUAUGAACAUUAAUAGUUUGUUUAGUUCACUGUAUAUUACCUGGAUUUGAUGAUGAUGAUGAAAAUACUAUUUGUGGUAACAAGAUUGUCUUACAUUAUACAACUGAUGGUGCUAUAAAUGGAUACAGUUUUUACAAUUAUAUGACAUUUAUAAGUUUAUUAAUUCAUUAAAGUAACUCCACUGAGGUCUAGAAGCCUAAAAUUAUAAAACUUAAAAUUCUUUUAAUCAAUCAAAAGGUGCUCUUAAAAUGGAAAACUGUGCAAAAGAUAAUAUGAGCUGCGCCAUGACAAAACCAACAUACUGGGUUCUCGACCAGCAUGGAUCCAGACCAGCCUGCGCAUCCGAGCAGCUUGAUCAGGAUCCAUGCUGUUCGCUAUCAGUUUCUCUACUUGUAAUAGGGUUUGUAAGCAAACAUCAUGGAUCCUGAUCAGACUGUGCGUAUGCGCAGGCUGGUCUGGAUCCAUGCUGGUUGCAAACGCAUUACAUGCGGUUUUGGGGCAAAUUUUAGUGAUUAAAGGUGUAGGGCUUUCAUUUUGGGUCAGUUGUGCAAUAAAAUUGAUUAUUUCUGAAAAGUGGAGUAAGCUUAUUACCUUUAAUUUUGCACACAAAUUAUUGGUACAUACUGACAUACACUUAAACAAAAA